CGCAACUCAUCGCUUUACACACCGCCAAGGAUCUUACGCACGAAACACUGUCAAGCAAACCAGGAUCUGGACAGACCCUACGCUUCACAAGCUCUGGAGUCCUAGGAAACUGACAGGAAUCUCCAUUUCCGGGCUGUGAAGUCAGGAUCUACUAGUCUUUGACUUGUGUAAACAACUAUGUCAAAGGAUGAGGAAAUUCCGAGCCCACCUCCAGAGUGGCCGGAAGAAAUUUUAGUGUAAACACACAUAUCGGAAAAAAAGAGCCUGGAGAAGAAGUCACCAUGAGAAGGAUUCUCUAGGAAACUGGUGAAGCACUUAAAUAUCCGUACAAACUGCAUGGAUAUACGCCGUGGAUGGACAUCACACACUUCAAUCCUGCCUCCAUGAGGGAUUUGCCCUCCCCUCGACUUGUCUGAGGUCAAGCCAACGCAACGCCACCCUGAUAAGUCUGGCUUAGCUGGCCACUUGAGUUUCAAUGCUCCACGCUGCUCUAAGAUGAGGGUAUGGAAAGAGGUCACCCUCGCCUUCAUCCUGUUUGGUGCCUCGUUUUUCCUCCUGCUUAUGAGAACCACGCAACCAGUUGGGCCCUCAAACCCAAGAUCCUUCCAGAUCUCAGCAGACCCUCCAGCCACAAUUCUCCAAUCCCCAUCAUCAUCAUCAUCAUCAUCCUCAUCCAAAACAAUGCCGCGCCGCACAGCCAGAGCCACCGAGGACAUGGGCUCCCUCAUCUCCGAAUUCUCGUACCUCUUCCAAAGCUUCACCGAAGGCGAGCUGAAGAAGGUAAUUGCGACCCUUGUGGACCAAAAGCAGAGGAGGAUCAGAACAGAGACGGGACGGAGAACCAAACGAGCACGAAAGGGCCCAAAGCCGUGUUCUCUACACGAAAUCAACCUCACCGUGAGCGAGCUGGGCCUCGGGUAUGAAAGCGAGGAGACGGUACGCUUCAGGUACUGCAGCGGGAAGUGCACCAAUGCCCGACGCAACUAUGACUUAGUAAUGCAGCACAUGCAGCUGAAUAACGGCUCCAGUGAGAAAGCACGACCAGGACGGGACAAUGGGAAAAAGGACAAGGUGCGAUACACUCCUUGCUGUCGCCCGAUAAAGUUUGAGAAGAAAAUGUCUUUCUUGGACAACAAUAAUAGAUUCAACACCCUCCAGAAUGUGUCUGCGAAAGCGUGCGGCUGUGUAUGACAUUCCGGAAAACCAUGGAUACAUUUCCAUAGGAAUGAGAAUUUUUCUGAAUUGGUUGGUUAUGGUGGGAGAUUUGGAAUGUGGGAUGCAGAAAGCAAGGAAAUAUUGGAGAACGCAAUGCAACUUUGAAGAUGUCCUUGAGAAUGAUCUGGUAUACCACAAUGGAAAAGGAGUGACAUCUACAGAGAAAAAGUGAUGCAUAAAACACAAAAGACAAGGCCUGAAUUGUCUAAAGCCAACUUUGGAAAGCUUGCCACAGGAAAAUAAAUUAAAGUUCUGCCUUUUCAGUGGUUGCUGGCACUUUUGAUUAGCACAGGGCACUGGACUUUAACCAAAAGGUGGAUUAUUGGUUUAAUUCAAUGGGACCACAAGCUGAAGGGAGGCCUUCUGCAGAAAAUCAAAUACAGAUAUAAAUAUAUAACUGUAUUUAACCAAAGAUAUAUCUAUAUAAAUGGUACAGCGACAACUGUAUGCUGCUGGCUUUUGUUACGAAUCUGAAUCCUGAAGUAUGAAGUGCAACGCAGCUGUAAAAACUACCUCAUUUCUUUCUUCAUUUCUUUUUUUGUUUGUUUUCUUAGGAGAAUGUACAUGCAAUGAAUCUUGUUCUACCGCACCCACUUCCUGGGAUUAGACUAGUCAGAAAUAUGAAUCAGCGGUAUACAUGUAGAGAAAUGCUUCUCUACCACACGUCUCCUAGGAUGGAUAUUACCUAAAACAACAAUGUCACUUAAUACAUAUAUAUGCAUACACCGAACCCUCAGAUUUGACCUUGCCAAAGCCUGUCUAAUCAAAUUCAACCUUCUACGAGACUAAAGAUAUUUACAUUUAUUAUAGGAAAAGGCAAACAUUUCUAAAAGCAAAUACGGAAAAGUACAGCUUGAAAGGUUUUCCCAAAGGUGUCGUACCUUAAAGACCUUAAAAAGGUUUCUCACGAUCACGUUCAUGUUUACAUUCUUUAAGACAAUGAUCAACUUGUCUUUUGGAAAGUAAUUCCAGAUUUUUGUCCUUUUUAACAGCAAAUUUUCCUUUUUUUUUCAUCUUUGAACACAAUUACGGACAAGUACACUCUCAAAAAUAAAGGUACAAAAGUGGUCAAUAGACUGAAACCACAUUUUAAACUCCUACUUUUGGUACUAACAUGUACACUAAGUUGCAAAUACGGGCUCUUUAUUUAGAAACGUGUCAAUAUUUAUUAACAUUUGUAUAGUCAGAACAAGAACCGUUUAAAACUGAAAUCUUUUAUUGACAUUAAAAUACUCAAGUAUCAUCACUAUCAUCACAAUCACUAGUUGACGCAUUUGUCAGCAAGAAGAGUCUAAUGAUUAAAAUAUAACACUUAAUAUGACCACAUAUAGGCGGCAUGGUGGCACAGUUGCCUCACCGCAAGAAGGUCACUGGUUCGAGUGUCAGCUGGGCCAGUUGGCAUUUUAGUGUGGAGUUUGCAUGUUCUCCCCGUGUUGGCGUGGGUUUCCUCCGGGUGCUCUGGUUUCCCCCACAGUCCAAAGACAUUCACUAUAGGUAAACAAAUGGCCAUUGUGUACAAGUGUGGGUGCGUGGAUGUGAGAGUCUAUGUUUCCCGGUACUGGGUUGCAGCUGGAAGGGCAAUUGCUACGUAAAACAUAUGCCGGAAUAGUUGGCGGUUCAUUCCGCUGUGGCGACCCAUGAUAAAUAUGGUACUAAGCCGAAGGAAAUAUUAAUGAACGACCACAUAUUCCUAAAUAAACUCAGUUCAGAUUAACCAUGUUGUUUUU